AUGGAAACGCGCAGAAGACGCAAGGCCGAUUUACUCCAGAUAGAAGAAGUAAUCGAGGAGGCAGACCUAGUUUUGAAAGUAACCGACAACGGAAAGGAGUCACUGAAGGCUCCGAUUUUCGGAAGUCGGAUAGAGGCGGUCAGCGACCUUCCUCGUUCCGUGAUGAACGACAAUUUGAGAAACAACAAGAAGAGCAAGGAAAGCAGUAUGCUAAACAAAGGCCAGAGGAGAGAACCUAUGCGCGGUCAAAACGCUCGUGGCAAUCAAGGUUCUUACUCUCAAACGCCUAUACAGAACAUGAAUUUCAUUCCAAACGGAACGCUGCAAGCAUUUUCCAACAUGCGCAUUAGCAAUACUUCACGAAAUCCUCUGCCUGAUGUAUCUUACCCUCCACCACCACCCCAGCACCGAUUUUCAAAAAAUCAUGUUGUGUUGCCGCAAUGGAAAGUAGGAGAUCAGUGUAAAGCACCAUGGACGGAUGGAUCGUACUACUUGGCGACAAUUGUGAAUCUUGGGCCAGCAGGUAUGUGUGCGGUGCGAUAUAAUGAAUAUGGAGAUAUCAUGACUGUACCGCAGGCAGUGUUGCUGUUGGAAGCAGGUUUUUAA